CGCGACGCGCGAACGAGCGACGUCGGCGCGCGCGCGCGAGGACCGCGCGCGACGAAUCGACGCGCCCGAGCGACGGUAGACGUCGAACGAGACGCGCGCGGAACGACGACGCGCGCAUUCCUUUGACGCGGGAAGAGGACGUUUUUGAAAUUUAAACGCGGCGCGACGCGGCGACGGCGGCGCGAUGAGCGAGAACGACAUGGCGGUCGCGAACGCGCCGGUGGACGCGUCGUGCGCGAAGAGUGCGAUCGAGGGCGCGAGCGGCGACGCGCGAGCGGCGGCGGCGGUGCCGGCGUGGAUGGCGGAUGACGACGACGACGGGUUGACGGAGGAACAGCGAAGGGUGAUCGCGGAGCGGGUGGCGGCGUUGCAGAAUCGAUUUAAGAAGUUUGAGGAGAAAACGACGCGGGAGAAGGUGGAGGAAUUGAUGCUCGGGAACGCGGAUAAGGGGUUGACGGAACGAGAGGCGGACAUGGUGCUGAGAGUGUGUAACGGGAACGAGUUCGAGGCGAGCGACCGCCUCGGCGAGGCGGAGGAUGGGGAAUCGUUUUUGAUGUCUAUUCGGUUCAUGAUUCAGGAAGAGGACGCGCUGAAACGACGUUCGCAGAGCUCAAAAGCGGCACAGACGGCGAACGAGCGGUUUAACAAGCGCAUCGAGCGCUUGCGUAAGCGUCGGAUGUCGUUCGGCGGCGACGAAGAGGACGAGGAAGACGCGGGCGAGCCGGAGGAGUUCUUCGAGACGGAGUACAUUUUAGAAGAGAGUCUCGGCGUACAAUUCGUGCGUCACACGAAGAAGCACGUGAAUGUGAAACGUUUGCGUCUAGACGACGCCAUCGCGCGCGCGCAAGUGGCGGAAGAGCUCGCGGAGCCGGAGGUCAACCCGUACGAAGGAUGGUCCGAGGCGCGUAUCAAGGCGUGGAAGAAUCGCGAAAAGAAUGAAAAUCAAUACUAUUAUCGAUUCAACGAACCGGGAGAGAUGCAAGCGAACGGGAAAUGGACGGACGAAGAACACCAAAAGUUCAUGGAUAUCAUCGCCUCUCUUCCUGGCGGCAAGGCGAACUACGAAUGGGGCACGUUUUCCAAAGGUAUCCCAGGCCGCGUCGGUUACCAGUGCUCGAAUUAUUACCGAACCUUGGUCAAAAACAAUAUCAUCCAAGACGAAAACUAUAUGGUGGACCCGGUGUCGGGUGACCUGCGAUUCAACUUCAAGAACAAGGGCUUCACGCGCGCCGAACCCGUCGAGGGUGAACCGCGCAUGGUCAUGGUUAAGAAGGUCAUCAAGCAGAAGAAACCGAAGGCCCCGAAGCAGCCGAAGAAGGCGAAGAAGAAGGUGAAGAAAUCGGACGACAAGGCGUUCCACUGCACCAUCAGAGCGGGUCCCGUGCGUUCGAGCGGUCGAGCGACUAAGAAGACGUACACCGACGGCGGCGACGACGACGAGGAUUUCGACGAUGAAUUCGAGGAACUUCCAGUACUCCCGGGAUUCAUCGAUCCCAUCACUCGCAUGGCCAUCGAAGAACCGGCGAUUUCGCCGUACGGCCACGUCGCAGGUUACGAGACGUGGUGCAAGAUUCUUCGCCAACCCGAGGCACCGGACACGUGUCCGUUCACGAAGCAACCGUUAAAACGUCGCGAGCUGAUCAAGCUCACGCACGAAAACAUCGACCAAUACCGCUCGAAGAUCGUCGAAAACCAACAGACUGGAGAAAACGCGCAAGUGCGCCAUCUCGGGCGCGGCAACCGCGUGCGCACGCCUACGCAUCCGACGAAGGGCGACUAUUUGAGCAUCAAGACCGAAGAAGUCAUCUUCGGCAUCUUGUUCGCGUUCAUGGCGUGGAAACUGUGGCAGAGCGUGCGCGGUUUAUUUAGAUACUGGAAGUACGUGCGCGCGCCGAACGCGCCGGAGACAGAGCUCGAGGCAGGGGCGAUCGCGUUCGAGGAAGAUGACGAUGAGAACGAAAAGAUUGAUUGA